ACAAUGUUGUUUACUUAAACUAAUUGUUUGGCAUUCUUAUCCAUGAAUAAGAGGAUUAUCAACUACUUAUUAGUUAUGCAUUAUUACCUUUGCUUUUGUUAUUUGUAAUCUCUUUUAAUUUCGUCUGCUCUUCUUGUAAUUUAGUUUCAUUAGUCCUUUGAAAAUACGCAUAGAAAAUCAUGGUGGCAUCAAUGGAAGAAGGUGCAGAAAAGUUGACAAAAAUUAACAAAUAUGCAGCUGCGUGUGCCAUAGUUGCUUCAAUGAUCUCCAUUAUAUUUGGUUACGAUACUGGUGUAAUGAGUGGAGCCAUGAUAUUCAUAGAAGACGACCUUAAAAUCCACGAUACACAAGUGGAAAUUCUCGCCGGAAUCUUGAACAUAUGCGCCUUAGUGGGUUCGCUUCUAGCCGGAAGAACAUCCGAUUACAUUGGCCGGCGAUACACAAUUGUUGUAGCCUGCAUCAUCUUCAUGGUCGGUUCAGUGCUAAUGGGAUACGGUCCAAAUUACGCUGUAUUGUUGACAGGAAGAUGUAUAGCAGGACUUGGCGUAGGGUUUGCUCUUAUGAUUGCUCCCGUUUACUCCGCAGAGCUUUCUUCCCCGACAUCAAGAGGUUUCUUGACCUCUUUACCGGAGAUCGGAAUAAGUAUCGGAAUUUUACUCGGCUAUAUUUCAAAUGUUAUAUUCGGGAGAUUGACUCUAAAAUUAGGGUGGAGAUUGAUGCUCGGACUCGCAGCUAUUCCGUCAAUCAUACUAGUUUUCGGCAUCUUGCAGAUGCCGGAAUCUCCACGGUGGCUGAUUAUGCAAGGUCGUUUAGGUGAAGCCAAGAAAGUCCUGAUCAGAGUCUCUAAUUCCGAUCAAGAAGCUGAAACCCGUCUCCGUGACAUAAAAAUCGCUGCCGGGAUCGAUGAAAAUUGCAACGAUGACAUAGUCAAACCGACGGAGAAAACCACUCACGGCGAAGGAGUAUGGAAAGAGCUAAUAUUACGACCAACGCCGACGGUGAGACGAAUUCUAACUGCAGCUGUAGGUAUCCAUUUUUUCGAGCACGCCGUCGGGAUCGAAGCAGUUGUGUUAUACAGCCCUAGAAUAUUCAAGAAAGCUGGCGUGACCGGCAAGGAAAAACUCCUGCUUGCUACAGUUGGGGUAGGGUUAACAAAAUUUAUAUUUAUUUCUAUAGCCACAUUUUUGCUCGACAGAGUCGGAAGAAGACGAUUACUACUAAUAAGCACUUCAGGAAUUGUAGUAUUUGUGACACUAUUAGCCACUUGCUUGACGGUGGUAGAGCAGCACGCCGGAGAAAAAUUGCUGUGGGCGCUGAGUCUCAGCAUCGUGUCAACGUAUAUAUUUGUGGCGUUUUACAAUAUUGGGCUAGCUCCGGUGACAUGGGUUUAUAGUUCUGAGAUAUUUCCGUUGAGGUUAAGGGCACAAGGAUAUAGCAUCGGUGUAGCAGUGAAUAGGCUUAUGAAUGCUACGAUAUCUAUGAGUUUUAUUUCUCUUUAUAAAGCUAUCACCAUUGGAGGAGCUUUUUUCUUGUUCGCCGGCGUCUCUGUGGUUGCGUUGUUCUUUUUUUAUUUUCUUUUCCCGGAGACUAAAGGAAGGUCAUUGGAAGAAAUGGAUGCUUUAUUUAGCGAAGGUUUUAGGGCUAGACGAAGAGAUAAUUUGGAACAUCAGGAAACAAAUGAUGCUUAAGUGGUGGAAUAUUGAGUAAUUAUAUGAAUAUUUGUGUUGUAAUGAGAGAUUAAAUAUUUGUAUAGUAAAAGCCAAACUGCCCAAAGUGAAGAUGGAUUCCAUCAAUAAAUUAGUAUUUGAAUGCUUGUUUAGCUACUUUAAUAUAGUUAAGAAUAAUUAAUUAUACGAGAA